CUCCUAAUAAGCAAUUUUCGGAUGAAUUUACACAGUGAUUGGAUUAUUAUUUACUGUUAUUUCGAGAAAGCAGUCAGAAGGAUGGCGGAAGUAGGCCAAGAAAGGCAUGCUUGCACCUGCCGACGGGUAUGUCCGGUCUUUACUGCAUUUCAGGAAGUCUCGAGCCUUAUUCUCCAACCAGAGUUGGAUUCGUUGACUACUGGUCAGCAGUGGACUGAUGGAUCCCAUGCACGUGCCGAUAUCAUCAGUUUUGUGGCAUCUGUCCCUGGUUUGCCUGCAGAUGCGAAGGCCUCUGCGGACUUUUCCAAAGAGACGGCGGAGCUGAUCCCAAAGUCAGAAGCCCUUGCGAAGGUUCGACGGAUGUCACAAGCUCUUGAAGUCAGACUAGGUUGUUUCAGGCUGGUCGGCUGAACGAAGCGCUUGACGAGCUGAUGUUGCUGGAAAAGAAGACAAGGCAGGUGUGUGUAGAACAAUACCCUCGCGAUGAAGUGAACGCUGAGGAUCUCUUCGCCUCUCUACCGAGUAUGGGCAGGCAUCUGACGGCGUGUCUUCAACGAAGUUGGUCCAGCUGAUGCUACGCUUGCAGCGGGAAGCGGGAGAGUGGGAAAAACUCAAUGGGAGUAUAACGCUCAUGUCGAAGAAAAGGGGUCAACUGAAAAGGUUGGCAACCGGGGAAAAUGUGUCUGUUUCAGCGGAUUGCGUUUCAUCGCGUGUGCGUCAUCAGAGUGAUCGUCGACAUGGUGCAACUGGCAAUGAAAUGGAUUGAAGAGACCCCAUCGCACAAAGAAAAGCUCAAGCUCAUCACAACCCUCUCCUCUGUGACGGAAGGCAAGGUAAAAGACAGUGCUCCGGUGUCGGAGAAUGAACCGUAUCUCUUGCUUGAAUGCAGAUUUUUGUCGAAGUCGAGAGGUCACGGGUUGUCAAAAAGCUGGCGGAGAUCAAGGAGGCGGAGGGGGACAUUGAGUCGGCAAGCCAGCUCCUUCAGGAUGUUCAGGUCGGGCCGAUUCACGACACUCUGCUCUUCAGAUUUGACUGGCUGCUUUUCCACAGGUGGAAACCUUCGGUAAGGUAGUUUCAGCAAGUCAACGGUUUUUCACGUUUCUGCCUUCUCCACGGCGUACUCGACAGGAGCGAUGGACAGACGCGAGAAGGCCGAAUACAUCCUGGAGCAAAUGAGACUGGUGGGCCCAAACGCGUUAGAGGAAAAAUGAAAUUCGCCAUGUCUAUUCCUCAACAGGUUCUGGCGCGUCGGGAGUAUGUUCGAUGCCAAAUCAUUGCGAAGAAGAUCAAUCCAAAGGUAUGAAAGGAAACUGCUCAGCUUCGCUUGUGGGUCUGUCUGCCUCUGUCGAGCAUGCAUGUCACUUCGGUUAAGCUUCUCGAGGCUGAGGACUUCCAAGACAUCAAGAGGAAGUUCUACGAACUUCUGAUCCAAAUGCACAUCGAGGAGACGCAGAGCUAUCAGCAGAGUGCAGGCAAGGGCAGGGAAGUGAAGCUGAAGCACGAGCAAGCGACGGACGAUGGUUCUCAGCUUGAUUCAGCAAGAUAUCUCGAGAUCAGCAAGUACACACUCAAAGAAUUACAUUGCAUUACGAUAGGAGGACUGUUGGUAGGUGUUCGUCCUCUGCCGUAGGUCCUUCUAUGCAAUAUUUGAGACACCCUCUGUCAAGUCGGGCGAUUGGAAAAACGUACGCACAUCGGGCAAACCUUGCUCAUCGUACAUAUUGCUUUGUUCUAUCAUACAUUUUAGGUUCUUGAGUGUUACAUCAUCUACCUACUGCUUGCGUCCUUCACUAACGAGCAGAAAGACUUGCUGAACAAGGUGUCAACCCUUGAGCAAAAGCGGCUUGAACAGCUUGACCACUUCAAGUAGGCACAAAAUAUGGAUCGUACAAGGAGGGACACGUGCCGAGUUAAACGUUCUUGACACGCAGGCAGCUUGUGUCGGACUUCCUGAAAAGCGAACUCAUCUCGUGGCCGCUGAAAUACGAAGCUGAUCUUCGGAAUCACGCCGUUUUCACUGACUCACCCCAUGCAGGGUGAGGAUGCCUGUCGACCAUGCCUGCUCAACAAAGCCUGCACCUCAUUGCUGUCGUUCUCGCACGCAGUGGCGACUUAAGGUGGAACCUGUUCAAGAAGCGCGUUGGCCAGCACGUACGUGAAAUAAGUAGAAUGAAUCCUACAUUUGAUUUGAUGGGUAAUGCUGCCCUAGGAUCUCAUGGUGAUCUCGAAAUACUAUACACGAAUAACGCUUGACCGCCUCGCGUCGCUUCUGACGCUAUCGAGAACGGUAAGGGGAGAGGGCUUAUUUAGUGGAAGGAAGAAAGAAAUGGCAUGCUGUCUCUGCACUGCGCAUGCUAGGAGACGGAAGCUGAGAUCGCAGAACUCGUCACCUCAAGGUUUUUGCAAGCAAAGAUAGACCGGUAGGGCAAAUUAAUGUCUGAGAAAAGCAGUAUGGUGGUGUUUUGUUUUGCAGGCCAUCAGGGAUUGUGGUUUUCGGAGGACGCGAUGAGUCGACGGACCGGCUGAACAUUUGGUCGAGUGACAUCAAACGGUAUGCGGAGGUGAUAGGGCAUCUCCAGUGCGUGUGGGAACCUUCGGCCUUUGUGCAUGCAGCAUUCUUGACCUGACAGAAGAGUCCAGCAAGCUCGUUGAGAAAGAACGGAUGAUUCAUAGCGCCAAGCUGAAGAAGACGAAAUAGAUCCACGCGGAACGCAUGUUCUGUUUUACUGGGCCGUGUGACGAUGAUUUCGAUGAUGUCUCUGGCUUUUAUGAUGGACUCUGUCAAUCAAUCCGACAGCUGUUGCACGAAAGCUUCGAUCAACGGGUCACGUGUGUGGUCUGUCUUAUCUAGGAAAAAUUAGGGGGUGUGAGAAGUUCAACUAGCCUUCCUUUCGCAUUCAACGCGUGAUUCUGGCGAUUCCGCAUCGCCCGGAAAUGACGGCAUCUAGAUGGG